ACUCAAUGAGAAAGGGGGAAAAAAGAAAAGUCCCCAUCAAAAUUUCCGCCUAAAAACCACAACCUUCCGUUCAAGGCUCUCUCUCUCCCUUCUUUGCUCAGUUGAAUUGUGUGCGAUAGAUAGGGGAUAGAGAGAGAUACACUCCAAUGGCGGAUCCUUCCCCUCAAUCCCCCAGCUUUAUCCCCUCUCCUCCUCCUCUCCUCCUUCACUCUCCGCCGCCGCCGCAAGUGGAGACCUCGGAGCUACCGCCGCCUCCGCCGUCAUCCUCCGCCUUCCCCUUCCCCAAGGGCCUUACCCGACCGAAGCUCCGCGUCACCUCGGAAUUCGACAGCGACAGCCUCGUCUUCUUCCACAAAGUCUCCUGCAAGCUCUUCGACAACCUCGGCAAGCUCAAGGUCUCCUUCCAGAACAACGCUCAGCGCCAGGUCUCGCAGCCCCAGGUCUCUUUUAUCUCCAAGUACCUCUCCGUCCUCUACGAUCUCGAGGAGCAGAACACUUUCCUCAGGAGCACCGUCGACAUUGGCCCUCGCCUUCAGCUCCGUGCUCUUCAUAAUGUCAAGGCACAAGAAGGGGAAGUGGCCAUGGAAGCAAAUCUGGGCGAACCUGGCUAUUCUCUUGAACUGUCAUCCCCUGUUCCUGUUGCUGGUUUCCCAAGAGCGACCCUUAAAUUCCCGCUGGGUGAAGUUUCAGUGCAAGAGAAAGAAGAGGAGGAGGAAGAGGAGGGGAAGAACAGAACUUUAUCCGUUGAUGGAAUCAUCAAACAGCGAGUCUUGAAUGGUCUUUGUACUGCGCAGUACUCAGAUGAGGAAUUGAGGCUCAGAUAUGCUUACAAGGAUGAUGACGUGACUUUCAUCCCCAGCAUUUCCCUUCCGUCCAAUGCACUAUCGUUUGAUUUCAAGCGUCGAUUCAGCCCUUUAGACAAGUUGAGCUAUACCUACAACUUCGAUUCGAACAUGUGGAGUGCCGUGUACAAACGCAAGUAUGGCAAGGACUACAAAUUCAAAGCUGGUUACGAUUCCGAAAUUCGCUUAGGCUGGGCGUCUCUCUGGGUUGGGGAUGAAGCAGGGAAAGUGAAGGCAUCGCCAUUGAAGAUGAAAGUUCAGUUCAUGCUUCAAGUGCCUCAAGAUGACAUCAAGUCUUCUACCUUAAUGUUCCGUGUCAAGAAGAGGUGGGACAUAUAAUAUACUUACACACACAUAUAUAUAUAUAUAUGUAAUAUGGUGGAUCAAAUCUCAAUGCUCAAUCAUGUUUCCUUUGUUUUUUAUAUGUAAAUUGCGUACGCUUUGUUGUAUCUUUUUUUCUUUC